UCUUGUAUUCUUAUUCAAUCAUUAUAAAUGCAAAAUUUCUUAGUGAAUUUACUUAAGAAAUAAAUAAUUCAUUGUAUUUUGAUCAAGAACUUUUCUUUAAUUGUCGGAAAGUUAUGUAAGAACUAGUGAGAUUUGUUACAUGAAUAUUUAUCAAGAGAAUAAUGAUCUUUCAUAAAGCUGGGCCAUGAGCAUGCCUAACAAAGGGAAAUAUCAUGCUCACCAUAGUCACCACACUCAAUUGCAAAACCAGCAUAUUCUUAGUGCUAAUCAAGCUAGUAAUUCUGGUUUAUCCCAGCCACCACAUGUCCAACAAUACAGUUCAGCAAUUUUAAAUAGUAAUGCUGUUCGGUUCAUGGCUAAUCCAGAAUAUCACGUUUCUGGGCAAGCUUAUAAUACGCAACCUGCCGGACAAUUAGGUACAUCUGGUGUAUCAGUUAGUGUAAUCAAUGAUCGGAAUCAUCCGAUAAAUGCCAUACCUUCGUUAAUAUCACCAUCAAAUUUGACUGGCAUUGCAGCUAAUAAUCCUGCUCAAACAACAGCUUGUUCAAAUAUUCAGUCUCAUCAACUACAGGGAUCUGCAUCAACUACAACAGCAAUUCAUAAUUCAUCAUCAUCAGAAAUGAAUAAGCAAACCCAUUUACAAGGUCAACCAUCAUCUAUGCAACAAAUUUAUCCUGGAAAUCCAAACAGACCAUCUCAGAAUUAUUAUGCCAGUGGGCACAGAAAUCAAUCAUCAAGGAAUGUGAACCAGAGAAAUAUUCAAACAUCAAAUCAAAAUCAGGUAGUAAAUAUGUCUGGGGUGAAUUCCGGUAAUCAACCAACGGCUUUGUACCAGCAUUCUCCUAUUGCUAUACAAGCGCCUACAAUGUACGUUCCGCAAGGACAAGUUCCAAACUUACAUUCUGGAAAUCCGCAACAAAAUGUUUAUACGAUGGCAAAUCAAAUAACUAUGCAGUUCACUGGACCCCCUGCAAGACAUCAAACACAAAAUCAAUUUUCUUAUGGGUCUUAUCAACCGAACACAUUAGUGACAACACCCCAUUUUCUUGGAUAUGCUGCAAGUGCUCAACAUCCUAGCUUAUUUUAUCAUCAAACACCUCCUGCCCAACUUAAUUUUGGCAGAACAAACACUAAUACAGUUAAUACUAGUUCGCAACAGUUAAGCGGAGGUGUUUCUGGAAAUCAAGGAGCUCCACUUCUGUCUACAGGGAACUCUUUACCACCAUCCGUUUCACAGCAAUCAUUUCAUCCAUUGAAUGUAUCACUACCCCAGUCAGAUGGAUAUCCUUCAUACAGCAGUGGAAUGAGUAACGUAUCUGGUAGGACAAAAAAGACUAGAAGCAAUGCUAUCAUUGACAUAGUCAAUCCUAAUACGGGUCAAAAUAUCAGCGCUGAAAUUUAUGAGGAUGACACUUCGUCACGUGAUACUGAAACCAGUGAAAAGGAUGCUUCGAAAAAAACUAGUUGUGGAGCUGAAUUUGUUGUAGCUGAAUUUGCUGCUCAGGUGGCUAAACUGGCAUCUGACUCAGCGUCAGAUGUACCAAAGAAAGAUUCAAAAUCUGACAACGUUGAUGAAAUUUCAAGUAGUUCUGAAAAUACUCCUGGGUUUGAUGGAAAAGAUCAAUCAAAUUUGCCUCAAGAAGCUAUAAAUGUGGAAAAAGAAGAUGCUUCACUCAUUGCAAAUCCCAUUUCAGUUGAUGAUGAGGGAUCUACUAUUAAAAUAACUGAAAAUCCUGAAAGCUCAAAUACCACUGAUCAAGAGACAGAAGUUGUACCAUCAACAAGUACAUCCGAUUCUUGUACUAUUCAUGAAGAAUCUGCAAUCAAUGAUAACAUUGAUCCAAUUGAGUCAAUCGACAAAAAGAGUCAAAACCCAGUAACCUGUGAUGAUAUGAUUCCAAAUGAAGCAGAAAAUGAAAUGUGUGGCGUUGAAGGUAUAAUCAUGCAAAAGCAGAAAAAUAGAAAUAAAACUAAAAAUCGUGAGGUAAAUCGUAGAAGUAUGGAAAAAGAAAAAUCAGAUAUGGACAUACCAUCAAAUACAAAUAAUUCAAACAUAAACAUUCAGCCAAAAGAAGAAACCAAUCCAGAUAAUGUCAUUGAUAAAAAUAAUGUUUUGAAAGAAGAGCAGCUCGAAGAUCAAAACAGUUGCAAACUUAAUGAUCCAGAGUCUUCAGAUAAAAGUACGAUAAUUGAUAACGUUGCUAUUGAAGAAAGCCAUACUAAUACCAUGAGUCAUGAUAAUGAAGAAAAAGAAAAUAAAAAAGAUGAUGUACCUUCAUCAUUGUUAAUAGAAGACGUAGUAGAUCAUGUUCACCAGAAGAGCGAACAAUUUUUGGAAGAAAAACUAUCCUCUAUGCGUAUUUCACAAAAAAAUGAUGAAAACAUAGAUGUAAGUGAAAAAAAUGAUACUGACAAUACAGAAGUACCUAGUGAUGAAAAUGCUGAUGCUAAAAAGUCUGAGGGUCAAGGUAUUCCAACUUUGAAAUACUCAUACCAUGAAGAUCAAUGGAGCCCGAUUAACACUCAGGGUAAAAAGGUAUAUGGAAGAGAAUUUUUGAUGAAGCUCCAACAAGAUCCUUGUUGUCAUGUCAAGCCAACAAACUUACCAGAUUUAGAUGUUGUUUUAAAAGAGAAUUCCAAAAAUAGAAUUAUGUCUGAUCAACGUUAUAAAGAAAGUAAUAUAGGACGCCAUGAAUCACUAUUUCCAGGAUUUGUAAAAUCUUCUCUUAGCUCUAAAAUGCUUCCACUUAAUAAAAAAAAUCAUCUUGGUAAACCCAAAGCAGCUAAACCAAGUUUGAUUCAUGUUUCACUUUCUCUCAGAGAAGAUGUGAAAUUACGAGAGACUGAGAAUGCUUGGAAGCCAACAAGAUUGGUAUCAACAUCCAAUUCUGAUGAGCAAAAUAAAACUGAUGCUCUUUAUAAAAGAGUUAGAAGUGUAUUGAAUAAGCUUACUCCUCAGAAAUUUGACACAUUAAUUAAUCAAGUUAGAGAUUUGCACAUCGACACUCAAGAACGACUUCAAGGUGUGAUCAAUUUAGUUUUUGAGAAGGCUAUCGAUGAACCGAAUUUCUCGGUGGCUUACGCACUUAUGUGCAAGGAACUAUCCAAUAUCAAUGUUAGUGGCAGUAAUUCAGAAGAUUCCAGCUCAACUAAUUUUAGAAAAUUAAUUUUAACUCGCUGCCAAUCGGAGUUCGAAAAAAAUACUGUUGAAGAAAAUGCACGAUCUGAAAAAUUAAAAAUGAUUGAAGAUUGUACAGACCCAGAGAAGAAAAAAGAACUGCAAUUAAGUCUUGAAGAAGAAGAACGUCGUAUGAGAAUUAAAUCUGUGGGUAACAUACGUUUCAUAGGUGAAUUGUUCAAACAAAACAUGUUGACGUGUAAAAUUAUGAUUCAAUGCAUAAGGCAUUUGUUGAAACAAGCUGAUGAAGAAAAUCUUGAAUGUUUAUGUAAAUUACUGACAACUAUAGGAAAAGCUCUUGAAAUGAAAAAUACUGAUCUAUCUGAAUAUUUUAAGCAAAUGCAACAAAUUGCUCAUAGUAAAGGUAAAGUCAGUUCGAGAAUAAGGUUCAUGUUGCAAGAUGUUAUUGAUUUACGAAAUAAUAAGUGGGUUCCAAGAAGAAAUGAUAGUAAUCCUAAAACCAUGGAUCAAAUCCAAAAAGAAGCCGAUUCCGAAAGAAUGGAUAUGCAAUUGAAUAGUAUGCCCUCAAAUACUCCUAGAAAAGAAGAGAGACCAGCUGAACGAAAACGAAAUCGCGGAGGUGUUAGCGUGGAAGAUGGAUGGAGUCAACCUGUAGGAAGGACGAGACCACAGAUUUAUUCAAUUGAAUCUGCAAAAUUGAAAAAUAAACUGCCGUCGGUAGAUGAUAUGCAACUUGGAAACAGGUCUCAUUAUCAAUGGGGCCAAACCCCAAAAAUAUCUACCCCAAAUAAAUUUAGCUAUUUGGAAAAUGUAGAAACGGAUCGACGAAUGGCCAACAUACCACUAGCUGGGUCUAGAUCAACAGGUUCGAGAGAUUACAAUCGAAUAGAAUACAAAUCCAGUUACGAUUCCCGAAGUACGCGGAAUAGUAGUUAUCAACUCAGUUCAGGGUCAAAAGAAAGUAGCUCUGCUGAAACUACUCGUAGUCAAAGUCUUACGACAAAACCACCGAUAACAUCAUCGCAAUCAUUGAAUGCGCCUAUAUCUGUUUCUUCUUCGGUACCAGCAGAAAGUAAUAAACAAAUACCCUUUGAGAAGAGUUUUGAAAGGUACUUUGAAGAGUACAUUGCAAGUGAAGAAACCGUAGAGGAAGCUGCCAGAGAAUUCAAAGGUGCUUUUCCGGUUUCUUCACAUGCUGAAUUCGUGCAAGAAUUAAUUAAUUCGGUUCUUGAAAAGUCUGACUUGUAUCGAAACAAAGUUUCGAAAUUAUUCGCACAGCUUUUAUCUCAAAAACUAAUAGACAAAGACAAUUUUAAAUCAGGAUUAAAUGAAAUAGUUAGUACUUCUGGUGAUCUUAUCAUCGAUAUUCCUAAACUUUGGACGUACAUUGCAAUGCUGUUAGUUCAAUCCAUUGCAAAUGGAUCUUUAUGCUUCAAUGAUUUAAAAUCGUUUGUAGAAGCUAUACCUAGCAAAUUACGUUCCGAUGGAUGUGCAUCGACCUUUUUUGCUGAACUUAUGAAACAGCUUUUGGAUAUUAAAGACUCAUCAUGGAUCAUUAACAAUUGGACUGAAAGUUCAUUAAAAAAGGAAGAUUUUGAUAUCAAUUCAGAGAGAAUGGACUUAUUAUUGAAAAAAUAUAAUCUUGGUUUUUUAAUUCUUCCUAUGCAAAAUGACAAUCCGCUUAUGAAUGCAGAAAAAAUUCAUCAAAAGUUACUUGAUUUAAUGAAAAAUCCAAAUUUUGAUGAAAUAUGUGAUUGGAUUAAGGUCGAACUAAAUACCAACUCGAAACAUCCAAAAUUUAUUAGACUGCUCAUGACAGCUAUUUUAGAAUCAGUAACGUAUAAGGAAGGUCUUGAAUGGAAUUUAAAGAUUGAAACCUUUGACAUCUUACAAAAACUUAUCCACCGGUAUGUGGAUGCAGAUGAGUCUUUAGAACUCCAGUGUCUGUUUGCUGUUCAAUCUUUCGUACACAAAUUACAACAUCCUUCAGGUCUUAUGAACAAGCUCUUUACUUAUCUACUUGAAGGCAAUAUCCUCUCUAAUGAAGCUUUUCUAAAUUGGGAAGAAAAUGAAGAACCUGCAGAAAGGGACGGUAAAGUAAUAGCUCUGAUGUCCUUAAAAUCAUUUUUUGCUAUCUUGAAAGAGAGUGGUGAUUUAAGUGAAGAGGAACCGUAAUUUCAGAAUCAUCUUUAUAACUUAUUUACUGUUUGUGAUAAGUUAUUUAUUGUUUAGUGUAUGUUUACAUUGACGACGUGAUUUUGAAAUAAAACUACGCGAAAUUUCUGCGUAGUAUUCUUGUUAUAACUAUUUCAAUUUAUUUUUAUGAAUAUAAAUGAAUAUUAAACUUUAUUCGAAAGUGAAGUGCGUGUGUGUAAAAUAGCUAUGCAAGAAGACUUUAAAAUACUAAAAUAAAAAAAUUUAUAUAAUAUAAAAUUCUUUGAAACUAUAUAUAGCCAGUGUAUUUGAGAUACGCAGGAAUUGAUAUAAAAGUAUCAUACAUAUUAUUAAAAUGACAAAAAAUU